UCAUCCCCCCAUUUGCCAGAUAAAUCAACUGGGGCACAGAAAAGGAGCCUGUGCCUCAGACUCCUGCCACCCUGGUCAGGAAGACAACCCAGGAGUCCUCUGGCCCUAGGGCAGGGAGGAAGCUCCGGGCCACUGGGGCCACUGGGGCCUCAGGGCAAGGUCCCCCACCUCCUGGCUCUUGCCACAGCCAGUCAUGCGGAUUCUGCUACUCGGGGACAGAUGCUUCGGCAGCAGGUACAUAGUCAGACACGGAAGAAAGAGCAAAGAGCCUAAGAAAUGACGCCUGCCUCCAGAAGCUUGAAGAAAGCAUGGGCAAAGUGUUCUAGCCAGGCAUCAUCAAUGUCGGGGAGACUCUCAGCUGAUCCAGGUGGAUGCAGGAUCCAGGUGCUCCCGAGGGACCCUGAGCAUAGGAGCAUCUGGCCGUCUUUCCCUGAACUGGGAGCGCUGUAGUUGUGGCUUCUGGGUCUUCUCCCCCACGCAGGAGACCCAGACUUUAAGAAAUGCUAAGGAAGUUUUUCAAGCUGAAGGGAAAUGACAUCAAGUGGAAGCUUGGGUCCACAGAAGGAAUAAAGAGCACCAGACAAGGCAACUAUGCAUAGAAGACUUCUAAAAAUCCUUCCAAAAACGAAGGAUGCCAAUUCUGCGCUGCUCAGUAACUAUGAGGUGUUCCAGUUACUAACUGAUCUGAAAGAACAGCGUAAAGAGAGUGGAAAGAAUAAACACAGUACUGGACAACAGAACUUGAAUACUAUCACCUAUGAAACAUUAAAAUACAUAUCAAAAACACCAUGCAGUCACCAGAGUCCUGAGAUUGUCAGGGAAUUUCUCACAGCAAUGAAAAGUCACAAGUUGACCAAAGCUGAAAAACUUCAGCUGCUGAAUCACAGGCCUAUGACUGCUGUUGAGAUCCAGCUGAUGGUGGAAGAGAGUGAAGAACGGCUCACAGAGGAGCAGAUCGAAGCGCUCCUCCACACGGUCACAAGCAUUCUGCCUGCAGGGCCAGAGGCUGAGCAGAAGAAAACUGGCCAUGACGUGACAAUGGAUGAAGAGGACCCGGCAUAGAAGAGCACACCUGGGCCAAGCAUCGCAUGAACUUGGAAGGCCAGCAGCUGUUUUUCAGACAUAGAGGACUGUUUAGUUUUACCCUCUGUCCCAACAGACCUGAUUUCAUGGUUAGCUGGGUAAAUCACAAAAAUAAUCCUUUCUCAAAAAUAAGCUGAAGAGAGAAAUAACUUUGCAUUCGGGAGAAGAAACAUGGUGAAGACAGGCUGAGGUUGUCAGGGCAGAGAGCUAAAGAAAGGAGGGCCUAGUCAAAGAGGACAAUGACUGGGGAACCCUCUGUGGGAAAAAUAUUUCUUUUGUGGCCUUUGCCACAAUUGUGGGAAAGUGCUUUAUACGCCGCUAGUACAAUACUGUGUUGCCUUUGAUGGACUGUCCUAAUUAGCUUCAUCUACUUCCUUAGGGACUUCCCAAGCGGGGGCACAGAGUGCUGUUGGGAUGAGAACCGAGUUAGCAGAAUCCAGUCAGAUGGCUAAUCACUCCUAGAGCAGCUCUAGGUUAAAGUGAGCCGCUGAACUUGGCUCACCUUAGGGGAAUCUUUUCCUCGAGAACAGCAGAGCUAAGAAAAGAACAGGUCUGCCAACCCUUCAUCGGGUCUAAAGGCCCUUUUCCUCUGUGGCAUGGGCUUUGUUUACCGGCCCACUAGUUAGUCUUCAAUGUUCAGGCACAGCUCAUUCCCACUGAAAAGGCACUUCAAACUGAAUGACUGGCAACAGAAAUGCAGUGUUGGUUGCCUUUCUGACUGCCCUGGGCAGGUGCCUCCUUGGAGACCGGGUGAGCUUCAUUUGUACAACAGGCAAAUUAUUUGCAUCUUUAAAAAGGGUACAAUUAUGCACUCUUUUAAUAGAAUAUGUAAGUAAUAGAGGUUGAUUAAUGAGAAUUUGAAUUUAUUGGCUAUUGCAAGGUUUCAGUUUUUAAUUUUUAAAAAAAAUAUAUUUUAUUGAUUUUUUACAGAGAGGAAGGGAGAGGGAUAGAGAGCUAGAAACAUCGAUGAGAGAGAAACAUCGACCAGCUGCCUCCUGCACACCCCCCUACUGGGGAUGUGCCCACAACCAAUGCACAUGCCCUUGACUGGAAUCGAACCUGGGACCCUCCAGUCCGCAGACCGACGCUCUAUCCACUGAGCCAAACCGGUUCUGGCAGUUUUUAAAUUUUUAAAAUAUUUUGAUAAUUAUGUGAAGAGCUUGUAAAUAUUCAAGCAUUAGAGAGUUUAGUAGCUCCCAGAUAUGUGGUUGCCUUUGGUCCUAGGAAUAUUGAAAGUAAACCUAAUUUCCCACAUUCAUUCUUCUCCCUAUUUGGGGAAGAAAAUGCCCAUAGACAUUAAUUUUCCAAAUUGGCACUCAUUUGUUGUAAGAUUACAUAUUUUCAAUGCUGCUGUUAUUUGGAUUACUUCUUAUUCCCUGUGAUUUCUAGGUUUUUAUUUUCUCUACCUCCUUCCCUCUCCCAGUUGUAAUUGUUUCAGUCUUAACCUUAUCGUCUAAAGAUCAGGGAGAUUUGCUUACAGGCAACAUUAAAUGAACAGGACAUUUAUUUUUAAAUCUUUCUUGAGUAUUGGGAAUUUUACCAGGGGCUGUUUUUGUUAGUAAAGGCAUACAUGUGCUUAUGUAUUGUUUCAUCUUAACCAUGAGUGUGUUAGAUUCUUUUGCUUGAUGGAUUUAGGGCUUAAUCCAUUUAAUAAUAAAUUGUUUCCAGGUGACUGCCAACUUCUAUUUUUUUUAAUAUAUAUUUUUAUUGAUUUCAGAGAGGGAGAGAGAAUUAUUGAUUGGCUACCUCCUGCAUGCCCCCCACUGGGGAUCGAGCCCGCAACCUGGGCGUGUACCUCUGACCAGAAUCGAACCUGAGAUCCUUCUGUCCGCAGAGCAAUGCUCUGUCCACUGAGCCAAACCGGCUAGGGUCAACUUGUGUUAUUUUUAUAGAUCUUGAAGAAUUUGUUUCGCCAUGGAUAGAAAGAAAUCAAGUGAAAUCUGACUUAGAGUUUAAAAUGUGUGAUUAAGAAAACAAUUGAAUCUACUUAGAUCUAACUUCUGUGUUGGAUUUCAGAAAAUUUUUAGUUUCUACCUUUGGGAUCUGAAUGUAGCCUCAGUUUCUGAUUAAACCACACAGACUCUGGAAUACUUAUCUUUCAUCAGAACCAUAUUCUGUGUAAUAUUCCUGUCACAUUAAUAAUGAACAUUUUAGAAAGAAAAAGUCAUAAUUUACACAAGAAACAUCUGGGAAGGGAACUGGGGAGUCUAGGAGAAUCACUUCAUUUUAUAUUCAAUAUGAUUUUAGUUUUUGACCAUGUGACCAGUUUUAUUCUUUAAAAAGGAAGAAGUAUGUCCAUUUGCAUGUAAAAGUUGUUGAGUGUGUAGUUGACAGUUAAAUCUUAUCCCAAACAUGGAGGCAGAAGCCCAGCUCGGUCACUAGGAGAGAUGGCACUCAGGAAAGCUGGUACAGGCCCUGUAGCCUGGCAAGAGAAACAUUCUGAAAUGUCCUGAUUAAUUGCAGCAGGCCAGAGAAUGGGCGAGAGAGCAGGGAGGCUAAUCAUUUAACAGAGCCGAGGGCCAAAGCCAACAAAUGUCUGUUCAUAUUCCUGAAUGUAUGUUGAAAUUUUUUUAAAUUAAUUUAAUAAAUCUUUAUUGUUCAGAUUA